AUGGCGGAAGAGCGGCUAUUCCCGUCGGCCUUGAACCACAAGUCCUCUCUCCAGCGGAUCAUCUCCAAGCCCAGUGACGAAACGGGCGAGCUACGGCUUUCCAUCGAGGAUGUGCGCGACGAACCGGACACGGUCGAGGCGGUCGGCGCGUUCGAGGUGCCGAGGGCAAAGAGGCUGUUGCAGGUGGCGUUGGCAGUCGUCUACUGUCUCCUGGCUGCCGGAAUCGUCUUCGGAUAUGCCGCCUUCAAACCGAUAUUGGUCCAGGAGGGCGUCUACAGGGAUCGCUGCACCGAGGAGGAGCUCGUCGAGGGUGUCAGGGUGUGUUACCAGCAGGAGCUGCGCCUAAAUUUCAUGUUUACCGUUGCUGCGGUUGCCACGAACGUUUGUGCGCUGCUGGUGGGCACGAUAUUGGAUCAGUACGGACCGAGGGUGGCUGGUGUCAUCGGGAGCGUGCUGUUUGCCUCCGGGUGCGCCGGGAUGGCAUUCAGUAAGGAGAUUCAGUUUAUCGAUCCCUAUCCCAUCUCCUACCUCCUCAUGGCUGUCGGCGGACCGUUCAUCUUCAUCCCCAGUUUCCACCUCGCCAACGCGUUCCCUCACCGGUCCGGCCUGAUCCUCUCGAUGCUCACCGGUGCGUUCGACUCCAGCUCGGCAAUCUUCCUGCUCUACCGGAUGCUCUACGAGAGACUGGGCGGCAUCUCGCUCAAGGAGUGGUUCCUCGGUUACCUCAUCGUUCCCGUCUUCAUCCUGCUGGUGCAGCUCUUCGUCAUGCCCAAUUCGAGCUACAAGACGGCUUCCGAGUUGGUGGACCAAGUGCACACUACCCAGGACAUCGCGAACUGGGAGAGCGAUUACCUGCGAGACCACGAGUCGGCGGAGAUAGAAUCGAGACUUGAAUCUAGGAAUCGCCUGAUCACCAAGAUCGACCGGGAGCUGGGUGGGCACGACGGCAUAAAGCGGAGCAGACUUGUCGAGGAGAAGCGGGAGACGGCGGGUGUCUGGGGUGUCAUGCACGGAAAGAGUGUCACCACCCAGCUCGGCAGCUUCUGGUUCUGGGGCAUUGCCGGGUUUACUAUCAUCCAGAUGACGCGUAUCAACUACUUCGUCGCCACCAUCCGACCUCAAUACGAGUUUCUCCUGCACUCCUACCCCGAAUCGGUCAAGAUCAACACAUUCUUCGACAUUGCCCUCCCGCUGGGCGGCCUCUUCGCAAUCCCCUUCAUCGGCAUGGUGCUAGACUCGCUGUCAACGCUGACGGUCCUGACGGUGCUCGUGUGCAUAGCCAGCACGAUCGGCGUGCUCGGCCUGGUCGAAAACAGCACGCUCACCGCAUACGCCAACAUCCUGCUGUUCGUCGCGUACCGUCCCUUCUACUAUACGGUGGUGUCCGACUACUGCGCCAAAGUCUUCGGCAUCGCAACCUUCGGCAAGGUCUACGGCACCGUCAUCUGUCUCGCGGGACUGUUCAACUUCUCGCAGGCAGGAUUGGACGCGAUCACGUACGUCCUCUGCGAUGGCGAUCCGCGCCCCGCGAACCUGGUACUGCUGCUCGCCGCGGUCGUCGUCGGUAUCGCCCUCCUCCUGUUUGUACGCUCCAAAGGAAGAGAGGCCAGGAGACAGCUGCUCGGUGAGGAGGCGAGGAUGGCGAGAGAGGAGAAUCAAGUUGUCAGGUGA